UGCUCUUAUUUGUGACAAAUGAAUUGCAGAAUAUGGCUUGGGAAGUAAUGUGACAACAUAUGGUGAUGUGUACAGCUAUGGCAUUCUUUGGCUGGAGAUGUUUACGGUGAAAAGACCCACUGAUGAAAUGUUUAAAGAGAAUCUGAACCUUCAUAACUUUGUUAAAACAGCUUUGCCAAAUCGAGUAGCUGAGAUUACAGAUCCCAUUCUUCUUCAAGAAAGUUUCAAUGAGAGCAGCCAAAACGAUGACAUACUUCUUUGGAGCUUGAAUUCUAUAUUUGAAUUUGGAGUUGCCUGUUCUUUUGAUUUGCCAACUGAGAGAAUGAGCAUGGCUAAUGUUGUUGCUAAGCUUUGUUUUAUAAGAAACAAUCUGCUUCCUACUCGAUCAUUAGGAACAAGAGCUGCAGGUACUGCUUGAUGGCUUUUAUUUCCAUUCUCUUGUUUUGUGAACUGAAGGAUCAAAUCUGUAAG